AUGCCCAGGGCGCUGUUAUUGCUCACCUUGGCAAAGGUCUAUUGCCUUGAUCACUUGGAUCAUGGUUUGGAAGGUGUGCUAGUCCGACGGCACGAGGCUGCCGUGAACUUUGCAGGUGAGACCAGGCAAAGCUUCAGUGCACGGAAGGAAGCGCGCCACGCGCAGAUCCAUGCGGUGUUCCAAGCGGCCUCCCCGGCAGUGCCUUCUACGGGCGACCCGGCCGAUGCGGAUGACGUGGCGGGCGCGCCAGCGCCCGCAGUGCUGGUCUCCGCCAGCUCCGCGGCCGAAGACGCCAAGCGCUUCGCCGAGCGCCUCGAGCGCCGGGCGCCGGCGCCGCCGUUGGCUCCGAAGGCAAAGGUCAAUGGCGCCAAUGGCGCCAAUGGCGCCAAUGGCCACGGCCACGCGAAUCACCGCGCCCGGCAUCGCCUCUCUGUCACUUCGCUGGCGCUGCUGAUGCUCCUCAGCGGAUGUUUGGGUUUGCUGGUGGUUUGGCGGCAAGCGAAAGUCCUGCGCCAUCCGCGUCAUGAGGACGAGGCGAGAGCGAAGCGCCCCUUGCGGCGCAGUUCAACAAACUCCCCUGACCUUGCAGCUCAAGAUCCACCCGUUCUGGCAACUGAAGAGGCCAUGCAGGCGAGCUCCUCUCAGAGAGCCUCCCUGGACGAGCUCAAGAUUCGACGCAGCCAAGACUUGGCCGAUGCCGCGCCAGAGGUAGCAGAAAAGCUGCAAGAUCCACACGAUCAUGACAGUGAAGCAGAUGCAGCUGGAGGAGGAAUUAGGAAGAAUUGA